CAUCGCUCGAUCCAACUCCUCCCUCUCCCUCGGUCUCGCCUCUGCUAUCGCUCGCUCGGUCCUCUCUAGGGUUCGCCGCCCGCCGCCGUCCCCCGCCGCCCUGCUCCGCUGUUGCCCCUCCCUCUCCAUCUCCUUCCCUCGCGGGCGUCACCAUGUUCCCCCGUCCAACAAGAUCAUCCACGCCGCAGACUGCGUCUCCCGCUGGUUCCCGCUCCCGCCCUUCUCCGACGACGUUGAAUCUGUCCGCCUCGAGCCCUUCCCCUGCUACACCGUCGAGCGCAUGACCGGCGCCAAGCCCCUCGUCCUUGCCCUCUCCUCCCCAUCCUCCGGCUCCACGGAGGCCGCGGACGCGGCCGCAGUCAUCGCCGAGAGGUUCUUGCCGGACCUUUUAUACGCGGCGGAGAAGGCGAGGGAGAGGACGCACGAUGUGCCCAGGGAAGACGAGGAGGCAAAACUGAGUCUCAUGGCAAGGGUGGGCAAGGUCCUGUUCCAACUCAUUGUGAUUAACGCGCGCCACCACCCCGCUUUUGUGUUGGUGGAUCGCACGUCUCCUUGGACGCGGUCCGCGACCUCGCAGAGGCAGGGACAGAAGGAUCCAAGAGCCCAGUCCGUAAAAGAGCACUACCAUGUCAAGUUCGUUUGGUCGACAAGCAGGGAAUGGUUUCCAGCAUGUCUUGGAAAUGCACUGUGCAAGAAGAUGGGAAGCUUGCAAUCGACAAGGAAGCCAUUGCUGUUGGACAAUCUUUCGCCACGGUUAGAUGGUACGAGCUCGAUGCCGAACACCGGCCAUACAAGUCACACGCAUCGAUAUGUCCUUCCUCUGCUUCAUCAAUGCGACUUUCAUCAAAGAAAGGAUCAUGGAAUGGGUAAGGGCUGAAGUGGAUACAUCCAAUGAGAAGGUCAGGGAAAGGGUGCAAUCAGUUGUCUUUGACAUGUCAAACGUGGUGAACAUUGACACUUCAGGACUCGUGGGAUUGGAAUAAAUUCACAAGGAUCUAGCAUCCCUGGGCAUACAGUUUCACAGGAACAAGUCAGUGGCAGUAAAAGUUGAAGCUCCUUAGUCAGGUUCGUUCAGGUGAGUACCUUUCCUGAUACAAGAAUUAGCACUGAGAAUGUUUUUAGAGGUAAAUUAGCACUGAGAUUUCUGUAUAUUUACAAGCAAUGGGGCAUACAUUAGUUGGUUUUUUGACAUUAAUCGAGUUUAACGUAUACUUAUAGAUUUCUCGUACACGUACACAUAUGUAGUCACCUGAACGAACAUCCUGCGCGUGUUGUACAUGACCGGUACGGCGGCCCUGAUGGGGAGCGAGAACCGCCAUUGGAACGCGGCGGUGAGCCCCUCGGUGAAGACCUGCGCGGAGAGCAGGAACGUGUGCGGGGCCACGGCGGCGAUCCCCGUGGUGUCCCCGGACCGGAGGCCGUCGAGGAUGUAGAGCGCCGGGAACGCGGCGCCGACGAGGAACCC